UCCAUUUUCAUGGCGUAAAAUUGAAGUACCAAUCUCUCAUUUUCUCUAACGAAUAUUUCUAGCACUCGUCAUCUUAAAUACCGAUCUCUCAUUUUCUCUAACGAAUAUUUCUAGCACUCGUCAUCUUAAAUAAGGAAUCACGCUUCAAACCCUGAAAAUGUCGGGCGGAUUUUUCCGGGGUACUUCGGCUGACCAAGACACUCGGUUCUCGAAUAAGCAGGCGAAGCUACUGAAAUCCCAGAAAUUCGCUCCCGAAUUAGAGCAUCUGGUUGAUAUGACGAAGGUUAAGAUGGACGUUAUGAGACCUUGGAUUGCGACUCGGGUAACUGAGUUUCUUGGUUUUGAAGAUGAAGUUUUAAUUAACUUCAUCUAUGGUAUUCUUGAUGGAAAGGGAGUUAAUGGCAAGGAAGUUCAGAUAUCCCUCACUGGAUUCAUGGAGAAGAAUACGGGAAAGUUCAUGAAAGAGCUUUGGACUCUAUUGCUUAGUGCGCAGAGAAAUGCAAGUGGUGUUCCUCAACAAUUCUUGGAUGCCAAAGAAGAAGAAACUAGGAAGAAAAAGGCAGAGUCAGAUCUGAUAGCAAACGAGAUUCAGAAGAAGAAGAAUAAGGAAAGUAGAGAACUUGAAGAAGAGAGAUUACGAAAGAUGGACAAUGGGGAUGAAAGCAAGGCUGCAGAUAUGGAGUUGGAUCUUUCAUCGAAGAAUAUGCUGCCAAAAGGUUCAAGUGUAUCCCACGAGGAAGAGAGAGAUGCUGACCAAAGGAAUGGUCUCGGAAGGAAGAGGGGUUCCCGAUCUCCUCGUUCAACUGUUCUCCUUCCAUCCCCUCGAAGACCACUUUCUCGUUCAGUCAGCAGAUCAUUUUCUAAUUCAAGAAGCUAUUCAGAUGGCAAAGAGAAAUCUAGGAGUGUAUCAAGAUCACCUCAUCCUCGACGGAGCUCCAUUUCCUUUGAUAAGAAAUAUCGUUCCCCAAGAAGAUCUCCAACUCCUCGUUCUAGAUAUUCACCGUCACCACAGUCAUCACGCUCUCCUUCAAGACGAAGAUCAUCUUAUACUACAAGGUCUCGAUCUCAUUCACCUCGCAGAUCACCAUCGCCUGUAAGGCGUAGAUUGCGUUCUCCUUAUAGAUACAGAUCACCAUCAACUGUCCGACGUCGCAGAUCACCAUCAACUAUCCGACGUCGCAGAUCACCAUCACCUGUCCGACGUCGCAGAUCACCAUCACCUGUCCGACGUCGCAGAUCACCAUCACCAUCACCUGUCCGACAUCGUAGGUCACCUUCACCAAUCCGGCGUCGCAGAUCACAGUCUCCUAACCGGCGUCACAGAUCACCAUCUCCCAUCCGGCGUCGCAGAUCACCAUCUCCCAUCCGACAUCAUAAAUCACCGGUAUCAAUGCGACAUCGCACGUCUCCGUCUCUUAUUCGUCAACAUAGAUCUCCAUUAGAUGUGCACCGUAUAUCUCGUUCCCCUGUGCGCCGCAAAUCUUCUUCGUCAACACAUCGUAGAUCUCCAUCACCUUUGCAAAACAGGUCUCCCUCCGUUGUGCGACAUCGCCGUCGUAGAUCAUCAACACCAAGACAUAGGUCAUCCUCUCCUGAAUGCUGUAGAUCACCAGCCACCAGCCGGAGGUCAAUAACUCCUUCACAUGGUAAGCCUCCUUCACCUUAUCAAUCAAGAUCUGCUUCUCCCCUGCAAUGUAGAUCUUCACCGCUUAGGAAGUUUCAGAAGGAUCAAAGAUCACCUUUUCUUUCUCCUGGGGAAAGACAACGAAUGUCUGGAAAGUUGUCUCCUGUCUGCAGAUCUCCAUCACAGAGAAAACAGUCUACCAGUGAAGAUAGGAGAACGUCAAGUCUACAUGACAGUCCUAUGAGGCAACAGAGGGAGCAAAUUGCUCAUGAUGAUAGCUUCAGUCCUGAACGGGAAUCGAGAGAAUUGAAAGGACAGCAUGACAGUAAAGGCAGCGGCAGUAAAGAUGGAGACAGCAGAAGCAGCAAGAGGUCUUCUGGGAAAGGGGUUCAUCUGGGAACUCGGAUCAACAGAGAUCACCAGCAUUAUCUCAGGACUCUUUUCAAGGUGAGAAGCAAAGUGCAUUGCAUCUGGGAGCAGGAAAAAGAUCUGAUGACUGGAGUCGUUCUCGUCAAAAUAAUGAAGGAUGGUGAUAAACACCACAAAAGCGAAACCUCACCGAUGCCACUUGAAAAACUUGAUCAUAACAACAAUUGUUUUGAUUCAGUUUCUGAAGGAAGUGGUAAACACAGAAGUAAGCAUAACGAGAGGAGAAAGCAUAAAAGGUCUGAGAAGCGUGAAAUUACAUCAGAUGAUGAUUCAAGCGCCGACUCUGAAAUUGAGGAUAGGAAUGAAGCUAAGAGGAGGAAGGAAGAACGGAGAUUAAGAAAGCGUAGACGUCGUGAUGAGCAGCGUCGCAGAAGAGAAGAACGACAAAUGGAGAAGCUUAAAAUGAAAGGUCAGGAUAACAAUGAUGAGGAUGUGGUUAGGAGGAAGUCUCAUCCGAGUUCUGAUGAAAAGACGGAGACUGAGCAGAAUAAGCUUGAAAUUGAGAUUUGAGAGAAGGAAUAGGGCACUCGAGUCACUCAAAGCAAAGAAGGCAUCACUGGCUGAAACUUUUUUAUUUAUUUUGGCACUAAUGUGUUAUUUCAUGUAUUUUCUUGUCGAACAAAUAUUCAUAUUUUAAAGCUUGUCUUUAUUGGUUA